CGGAUCACUUCAGGACUCGUUUUACCUCAAUAAAUAUUCUACAGCACCACUUCAACUAUCACAGCUCUGUUGGAGGAUAUAAUGGGUAACGAGGGAGCCGUGGCCCUGUCCUCCCUCAGGCUCCUGGUUCCUCCUCUGCGGGUGAUGACGGCUCUGAUGUGGAAGGUGGUUCGUCAGAGGAACAUGGUGCAUUAUGGGAAAGUGGAGGAGUUUGUUUCCAUGGUAACCGAAGCCGUCCCUGACGUCAUGACAGAGCGACAGAUGGGACUGCUCACUCUGGGCUUAAGGUCAAAGAUGAUCUUCCACAUGUUGAGCUGUGAACCUCCAGAGGAUCUCAGAGGUCUGAGAACCAGCCUGAAGAGCCUCCAGCCAUCAAGCUGCAGACAGGGUCGUCAUGGUAACGAAGCUCUUGAAGUAAACUUUGAGCGACUUGUUCAAAGACUGGUGGAGGAGCCAGCAGAGAGAAAUCACUUCCUCCAGAACGUGUUUCCUGUGGAGUUUGGGCCGGACUUUGAUUCAGCUCUGGAGACUCUUGUUAGUGAGUUCUUCACCAGACUGGAAGAGUUGCUGCUGGUACCAGACUUUAAGCAGACUGCAGAGUGGAUCAGUGAUGCUCCUUCUGUGUUAGAAGAGUCCAUGCAGUGUGUAUGUGAACCAGACCAGCUCAAAGUUCUGCUCAGGAUGAAGAGCCAGCGGGAGAAAAUGGCAGAAUUAGAUACCAGCACACAUUCUCCCUCAGAGCAGCGUCUCUUCUCCUCGUUGUCUCUCCUCCCUUCACUUGGACAGACCAACAGCAAAGAAUCUGACACACAAACACUUGAAGCCCAAAGAGAAUCUGAGGAGAUUUCUCCUCAGGAUGAAAGAUCAUCUGAGGAGGAAACAAGCCUUCUGGAGAGCAACAAUGCAGAACAAACAACAGGAGGGGAAUGUAGAGACAGUGUUCAUGAUGACGGAGCUUCAGACCUCCACCAAGCUCCCUCUACGUCUACUGAGAGUCCUGUAGUGUCCGGCUGUAUGAUGAAACCUCCCCAGCAGAGAAUUGCACAGAAAUGUGCACCAUGUGGAAAGUGCUUCAUUUAUCGCUACGAACUUGUGAGGCAUCAGAGGGAAAACACUCAAUGUGGCAAAGCAUUACUGAGGAACCCUAACCUGCAGAGAGCUGGUUAUAUUUGCAACAAAUGUGGGAAAAGCUUUCAGUUUAUAAAGGACAAGUUUAAGCACCAGUGUGUCCAGAAUGUCCAAAAGUUUGACUGUUCUCAGUGCGGGAAAAGCUUUAAGAAAAUGCACCAGCUGGAAAAACACGAGCUGACUCACACCCAGAACCGCAUCUUCACCUGCAGACAGUGUGGGGAAGUGUUCCCCACUAUGAGUGACUUGAAGACUCACCAGAGGAUUCACUCUGCAGCCCACCAGUGCAGGCAGUGUGGGAAGUUUCUAAUGUCUGAUGUCAGUUUGAGAUGCCACGAGUCGCGCCACAGACAGAAACACAUUUGCGUCCAGUGCGGCAAAACUUCCAAGACCAAAUCUGAAUUGAAACGUCACAUGCGCAUUCACACAGGCGAGAGGCCGUUUCAGUGCACGUACUGUGGGAAACGCUUCUCCGUGUCGGGAAGCUUGACCAUACACAUCAGGAUCCACACCGGGGAGAAACCGUACCUGUGCUCCGACUGCGGCAAGGCUUUCGUUUCAGGCGGAGAUCUGCAGAUACACAGACGCACCCACACGGGGGAGAAACCAUACAAGUGUACCGUGUGUGGGAGGGGGUUCACCAUGGCGAGCAAAGUGACGCUUCACAUGCGAGUUCACACCGGAGAGCGCCCUUACACCUGUUCUCAGUGUGGGAAAGGUUUCUCACGAGGCGCUGAAUUAAAGAAACACACCAUGAACCACACAGGGGUUCGACCCUACGCCUGUCAGCUGUGUGCAAAGACUUACACAUGCCUCAAUCACCUCAAGAGACACUUGAAAACUCACAGCGUGGUGAAAAACUAGACUGUCUGAAUCCACUGAUUACUAAAUGAUAUUCUAUGAAACUCACGUUGUGUUCAUGUAGCCGGCCUGUACGGGGCUGCGGGGUUGACUGUGUUUCAAAAGUUGUUGUGACUGACUGAUUCCUUAUCCUGCGUUUUCAGAUCUGUUCUCUUUGUUCCCUCUACAUACAAUGACAUCUAAGUGUAUAACCGUACACAGUUUGGAGACAAGAAUUAAAGAAGUAUAUGCAGGGCUCCAGACUGCCCCGAAAUGGUCGCAGUUUGCCCCUAAAAUUUGAGACGGUGCGGAAAAAAAUGUCAUCUACUCGUGCAUGUACAGCCAGUAAACUUGAAGAUUUUUUUAUUGUCAUUGUAAUCCAGUUUCCUUGGUGUUUAACCCUUUAUCAAGCAAAUAACUAUAUUUGGUAAC